AUGAACUCAGCCGAUCAGAGCCGUGGAAGUCUUGGCACUCUCAGUGGCCUUCCCCACGAGCUUCUGAGUGAAGUCAUCAACUGUUUGCCCAAUGCCGACAUCAAGAACCUCCGCCUGACAUGUUCUUUUCUCGGGACCAACGCUCUUCCGCGCCUCAAUCGAGCAUUUAUAUCCACGAACCCACGCGACAUUGAGGUCUUCACCUUGAUCGCAAACCAUGAUGUCUUCCGGUUCAAAAUUACCGAGAUCAUCUACGAUGAUUCUCGCAUCGAUAGCUCCCGUGCCAGGCGGUAUAAAGGCGUGUAUGAGGGAGACAAAGACGACCCCACAAGAGUGCCGUACUGGUUCCAACGGGUUUACGGUUCUAUGAUUCACAUCAUUGACUCUAAGGAGGAGGAGUAUCCGUCCUUCCCUCAUAUCAAGGAAGCUUUCGAGAAUCGCUGCUCCUUAGCUGAAUCUUACGGAGUAUAUCGCAAGCUUAAAUCGCAGCAAGAUGAAGUGCUUGCCUCGUGUCGUGACGCUGACGCUCUGAGAUAUGGUUUUUCACGCUUUCCAAACCUGAAAAGAGUUACUUUGAGUCCUGCUGCUCAUGGGAAACUCGGAAGACCUUUGUAUCCCACGCCUACUAUCAGAUCCCUUCCACAGGGCCUAAUAUGCCCUCUAGAGCGUGGUUGGCCUGUGUCAGCCCCAUUGGAGGAACAUCCUUUUACGCCAUGGGAUGACAGAUCCAGGCAAGAAUGGCGUGGAUUCUGUGUCGUUACGAAAGAGAUCGCUCAGCACGUCCGUGAGAACCCAAUGUGUGGCCUUUCCGAGCUUGUUGUGGAAAGCCGGCAGCUUUGGACAGGAAUAAGCUGCCGUGUCUUUGAUAACCCAGUGAGUGAGGAGUAUCGAGAUCUUGUCACCAUCCUGAGUCACCCUCCACUGAGACGCUUGGAGUUAUCACUUGCCUGCGGUAGUGAAGCUAGGGAGAAUUGGCCUUCUUUCCGAUCUGGGCUCCUCUUAAAGGCUCUGAGCAAGGCAAAGAACUUGCAAGAUCUUCGUUUAUAUACUAGCAUUCCUCUGAUAAGCAGAAAGUGGCACGAAUUUGUGGAUUAUGAACAGAAUGGUAUGCCUCUGCGGCGCAUAUUCCCAGUCAAUGAGUGGUCGAAUCUACGUCGCUUUGCCCUUUCCCGUUCUUUUGUUAAACAGAGAGAUAUUAUGACUUUCAUUACCGUCCUCCCAUUGACACUCGAGUCGGUUGAAUUGAGCUUCCUCAGUUUUCUUCCCCGUGAGGGUAAUUACAGGAAUUUACUACAGGACAUGCGCGAUAACUUGGGAUGGAGAGAAAGGCCGGCGGGCAAUCAGCCAAAGCUCAUUGUGUUUGUUGUUGAGACUGAACUCACAACAGAUGGCGCUGCUAUAGACGUCAGUCAUGCAGCAAUGGACUACAUGUAUUACCAUGGAGAAAACCCAUUUGUAGAGGAGCAGAUCAUGGAGGUUGUGGAGGGCAAAGGGACACUAGUAGAUUUUCUUGAUCCGAUGUACGACGAGGAAUGGUAUUACCACAGGAUCGCAUCAGUCUAG